AUGAAUAAUGACGAUGAUGCCCUCACCUCGGUCUACAAGAAGAUCGAGCGCGAGAGGGCGCUCCUCAACGCCGCGAACCAGAUGAGGCAGCAAACACAAAAUGAACAGGUCAAGGCGAGAUUGGACACCCAGAUGCGGGAAGGCCGCCGAAAUAUCCAGUAUCUGGAGGAGCGAAUGCAAGAGCUACGGACGCGGAAGAUGGGUCAAGGAAUGGGCGAUAUGAAUCUAGGACCGGGCGGUCCAGGACCGUCUGGUAGAGCACCAGGCGCAGGAAUGCGAAAUGAUAGAGAUGCUCCUCCUACACCACCACCCAAAGACUCAAGAGGGAACUAUAUAGACCAACCGGGCGACAGAGGUGGUUAUGGGACUGAGGACUACAGUCAAAUCGGAGGGCAUGGAAACAUGAUGCCUCCAAGACACCCAUAUGCUCCCCCGGGACCUGGUUCCGCCAUGCCAAAAUCACGUCCGAAUUACACGAAGCUAGACCUCAUCAAGUACGAUACCCCCCAUUUGGGACCCCGCAUUCAAUUAAUGUUGUCGCAAUUGGAAUUCAAACUCAAUGUUGAAAAGCAAUACCUCAAAGGUAUUGAGAAAAUGGUUCAGCUAUACCAGAUGGAGGGCGACAGAAAAAGCAGAAAUGACGCCAACACACGUCUCAAGGAGAGCUCUCAGAAAAUCCAGCUUCUUAAGCAAGCGCUCAAAAGAUAUGAAGACUUACAUAUCGAUAUGGAAAGCAGUGCAGAUGCUCCAGACGAUGAUAGCAUCAAUACACCAAACAUGCGAAAACCAUUGACUGGACUUCUCACUAUCCGGGUUCAUGCCGUCAAAGAUGUGGAUCAUGCCACAACAAGUCGAUUCGCCCGUGGCCCUGAAACAUCGGUUUCCGUGAAAGUCGAAGACAACGUCGUAGCCCGUACAAGAGCAUCUCGUAACGAUAGAUGGGAGACCGAGAACUUCAACCUAGAAGUAGACAAGGCAAAUGAAAUUGAGAUUACCGUUUAUGAUAAACCUGGAGAGCACCCACUUCCGAUUGGGCUUUUAUGGAUCCGCAUAUCUGAUAUCGUGGAGGAGAUGCGUCGAAGAAAGAUCGAGGCCGAAAUAAACAGCUCCGGUUGGGUUUCCGCUGAUCGAAUGGCGGGCGGUGGCAUGCCAGGAGGGCCACCACCGUCGCAAUUUAAUAUGAGCCCAAGUCAACAGCAAUUUGGAGGGCAAACUCAAAUUGGAGGAGGAAUGGGAGCUAUGAAUGCUGGCGGCUUGGGGGGUCAAGCUCCAAUGGUUGCUGCUCAGCCAAUCGAUGCUUGGUUCGCGUUGGAGCCAACUGGAGCAGCCCAUCUUACAGUAGGAUUCCAGAAGCAGGCGAAGAACAGUCGGCCAUUCGACUUAGGACUAGGCCGAAAAGGAGCCAUCCGUCAACGUAAAGAAGAGGUUCAUGAGAUGUAUGGCCACAAAUUCGUCCAGCAACAAUUUUACAACAUCAUGCGUUGUGCUUUGUGCGGCGAAUUUCUCAAAUACUCUGCCGGCAUGCAAUGCGAGGACUGCAAAUAUACCUGCCAUACUAAGUGUUAUUCGAAGGUUGUUACGAAAUGUAUUAGCAAGUCUAACGCAGAUACCGAUCCUGAUGAGGAGAAAAUAAACCAUCGCAUACCACAUCGUUUCGAGAAAUUCUCCAAUAUGAGCGCAAACUGGUGUUGUCAUUGUGGAUACAUGUUACCCUUUGGCAAGAAGAACUCACGGAAGUGUUCUGAAUGCCAACUCACUUGCCAUGCGGGAUGUGUACAUUUAGUACCUGAUUUCUGCGGCAUGAAAAUGUCCGAUGCCAAUGUUAUUCUGCAAAACAUUCGAAAGACAGCCGACAUUCGCAGGAGUACACAGCCAUCACCCAUGAGCGAUCGUACACUGCGGCCAAUAUCUGGCAAAGGGCCAGAUGGGGGUCAGUCAGGGAACGUUCGCGCAUCGUACGGCUCUCCAGAAAGUGCUCGACCACCUCGCAGCCAGUCAUAUGGACCAUCUUCGCUGGAAGCUCAAGAAGCGGCUAAAACUAUGUACGCUCAACAACAGCAACAGCAACAACAAGGCCCCAUAUCACCUACACAGAGGCCAAUUGGUCCAGAUCGGACGGCAUCGUCGAGUGCCGCUGCGGCGGCGGCAGCUGCAAUGACGGGCUCCCGGCCACAGUCCUCCCAAAGAGAUCCAUACGUCCGUUCUUCUACUGACUAUAACCAAGCUUCAAGGCCUGCGGCUGGAGGGGGUUAUGGUGCAGCACCUUCACUUAACACCCACGCUGAGGAACCUCUUGCCGGAUAUGGUGCCCCUACUAGACCACAAGCUUCGUCGACUCCAAGCUAUAAUCCUGCAGCCUAUGCUCAAGUAAGUGGCUAUCCCACACAGCCGCAACAGCCGCAACAACUGCAGCAGCAGCAGCCACAACCACAGAUACAACCUCUAAUCCAUCAACCGCAUCAGCAGCAACAACAGCAAUCUCCAACCCAAGCCCUUUAUAGCCCGGUAGCCCCACCAGUUUCAGAGCCUGCACCACCUUCUGUGUCUGCCGCCACCGUCCCACGGAAAGCUGCACCACCUGCCAACGACGCCGGUACUGGUCGACGUAUUGGCUUAGAUCAUUUCAACUUCUUGGCGGUUCUAGGGAAAGGUAACUUUGGUAAGGUCAUGUUGGCAGAGGCCAAACAAACAAAGCAGCUUUAUGCGAUUAAAGUUUUGAAAAAGGAAUUCAUCAUCGAAAAUGAUGAAGUCGAAAGUACUCGGUCCGAGAAAAGAGUAUUUCUCAUCGCGAACAAAGAGCGUCAUCCGUUCUUGCUCACCUUGCACGCGUGUUUUCAGACAGAGACUAGAGUCUACUUUGUAAUGGAAUACAUCAGUGGUGGCGAUCUGAUGUUACAUAUCCAGCGAGGACAGUUUGGAACCAAGCGAGCACAGUUCUACGCCGCUGAAGUAUGCCUAGCAUUGAAAUACUUUCACGAAAAUGGAGUUAUUUACCGUGAUUUGAAACUGGACAACAUUCUUUUGACCUUAGAUGGUCACAUUAAAAUUGCAGAUUAUGGUCUGUGUAAAGAAGAUAUGUGGUACGGGUCCACAACCAGCACUUUCUGUGGUACCCCUGAGUUUAUGGCGCCUGAAAUCUUGCUGGACAAGAAAUAUGGCCGGGCAGUCGACUGGUGGGCGUUUGGCGUUCUCAUCUAUCAAAUGUUGCUCCAACAAUCUCCAUUCCGAGGAGAAGACGAGGAUGAAAUUUACGAUGCCAUUCUUUCCGAUGAACCUUUGUACCCAAUUCAUAUGCCACGAGACUCAGUCUCGAUACUCCAAAAACUACUGCACCGAGAGCCUGAUCAGCGGCUCGGUAGUGGCCCAACAGAUGCUCAGGAGAUCAUGAACCAGCCCUUCUUCCGCAACAUCAAUUGGGAUGAUGUCCUUCACAAGAGACUUCCUCCUCCUUUCAAGCCCGAGAUUACCAGUGCCACAGACACCAGCAAUUUCGAUUCCGAAUUUACAAGCGUGACUCCAGUUCUAACACCAGUACAGUCAGUCUUAUCACAAGCCAUGCAGGAAGAAUUCCGUGGCUUCUCAUAUUCGGCCGACUUCGUUUGA